GAUGACGAUGACAGUCUGAGCGGCCUCGCCGGAACAUGGCGGCGGAGCCGCCACAAUGUCGAGGCCUUGUCUUUCCAUGGCAGCCUUGUUUCCCUCGGGGUCAGUCAAGCCGCGUGCCGAUAUGAGUAUACAUGGUCUCCGUUGGCACCUUGUUGCCAGCCACAUUCUUCUGCCAUUCCUAUCUUUGACGGCUUUUCAUCAUAUGGUUGAACCCAUUCUUUCGCGUGUCCAGUUCAGCAGGUCAGUCAAGGGAAGUUGACCGCCGGGCCUCGAAUCCACCUGACUAUCCGCCACGGCUACCUAUCCCCGUACUCUAGUCCGUCGACACUGUUGAACCCCUAUAUUUCAACCUCAUACCUCCUCCCUCGUCACGGUCUCUUGUCUCGACAGCAGGCCAUGAUAAUCAGAUCCCUCUCAACGCGACAGGCCACCAGCAGACCGCAGGUUCACACGCGGAAGAACCACGACAUAUACAAUGGCAUCCUCCAUCUGCCCCUAGCAACGCACGUGCGAGUCGAGUACGAAGACUACUAUCACCACCACCAUCACCGACACAGAAGCAUCACCGAUACCACCACCACCACCAGCAGCCGAAACAAACCUCCUAGGCACACGCGAUAUAUAAUCACCCUCAGCUAUGCACACAACCGCGUCUGCGAGAUCUACCGCUCCCACGACGACGUUGUCACGCUGAGGCAGGCGUUGCUGGCGGCGGGAUGCCGUGCUGCUUCCCCCUCCCGUCUACCACCACCACCUCCUCCUCCUCCCACUACUACUACUACUACUACCACUCCUAUUCAACCUGUUGCUAGAAGCAACAGCAGUAACAGCAGCAAUAAUAAUAAUAGGAGAAUAGACCGCUCCCGCGCUUGCUCCUGCCGCUGCACCUGCCCCGUCGCCUGCCCCGUGCUGCUGCUGCCGCCGCCGCCGCCGCCAGCACAACGUCCGUUGAGGGUAGUCGAUGUUGACACAUCAGCAGCAGCCCGGGAAUUGCAGCAGCUGCUGGAGGAAGGGCUGAAGAGGGUGCGAGAAGGGGGCGAAGUGGGGGGUGGUGGUGGUGGCAGGGCGAGGGUCCCGGUGGAGUGGUUCCUGCGGAGGAGGGUUGGGGAUUGUGGCGGGAAGUGA